GUGUCCCUGGCAUUAACGGUGGUAAUGACGGGCGUGAUAGUAGGCAGCCUGAUGUGGGUACGUGAGGGAGUGAUGGGUAAACAGGACGACGUUCACACUAAGUCCUUCUGUACCAGCGUUCUCAAGAUCCUUGUUUACCAGAGUUGUCGCAGGUGGCCAAGCUGGUCUGGGACUCGAAUGAUAAGCAGCACCAUCAUGUUUUUAGCUGUAGUGGUGGGGUCUCUCUAUUCUGGCUCCAUAACCGCCUUCCUCGCUAUUCCUUUCAGGUCACAGCCCAUCAAUUCACUGGAUGAGCUGCUGGAGACCCAAGUAAUUCCCGCCAUCAGGAGACUCAGUAGCCCCUACAGCUUCUUCCUGACGGAAAACUCUGGGAUGGUGGGCAAGAAGGUGCGGGAGGUGAUGGCGGUGUUCAGCGGUACUGAAGUGUCGAGCUGGAACUUCCUAAAGGAGGUGGCCCAAGGAUCUUUCGGCCUCAUAGACACAGCGAGUUCAGGCAUCGGGAGUUCAGGCCAGUACGAGAAGCUGGGGACACCCUGCCUCUUCCACGUCGGCCGCAACCCUGUCAGGAUGGAUCUAGAUGCCUUUGCUUACCCUAAGAACUGCCCUGUCAAGUACCAGUUCGACGAAAUGUAAGAUUUAUUUUGUUUUUCCCUCUCUUUUUUUACUGUUAAGCCACGUUGC